GAAAAAAUAUCAUGUGUGUGAUUGGAGCAGAAAAAGAACAGGAACAAAGUAAAAAUAUUUGCAGCACAGCGAGGUUGUACCACAACAAACAAAAACAAUUGAUUUCAUUUUUUUUUUGCUCUCUUGGACGAACAUGAAAAAUGAUUGUUUCGACGACGACCUAAUAAAAGUUUGUAUUAGUUAUCAAAGACAAUUUUAUUGAGUAGAACGAGUGAAGAGAGCAAAAGAAUUGAUGUGAAAAAAGGAAACAUUAUUUGUUUGUGUAACUUGGCGAUUCGACGUAAUUAAAAAAAAAUAGUUGGUCGCCAAAUCGGCUGUAUUGCCAUUGAUUCGUUGUGACAACACGCUUUUUUCCCCGAUUUCAUUGGAUUUUCCGAUUCGUCUGGUUUGGUUUUAAUUAAUUUAAGUGCAUUUAAUGGGUGUUCCGAUGAACGUUUGAUGAAUACAAAGUGGAAAAACACGGAUAAGUUAAAUGUCAAAGUACGAAGUAUUGGUCGUGAACAUAGAACGGCGAAAAACUAAAAGAAUUGAUUUCGAUAAGAGACUACCAACAGAUUUUUUUCACCAUAUUUUAAUUGAACAUCCGGACGAUGACAUUUCUCUUUAAUUUGACUGCAAAUAUAUGCGCAUGAUGUGCAAUUCAUUUGUGAUACUGAUAUCAGUAUGAAUAGGCAUAUGGUGAAUCAUUUUUAAAUUAGUUCCAUUCAAUGUGCAAUUGCAUGAGACAGAUUUGGUUUUGGAUUCAAGUGAAUAGUAUUUGAAGUGAAGGCAGCUUUUUUUCCGAUCCGAUUGUAAUAUGCAAUGUGAACGACAGGAUCACACAAUUGGAACUUCAAUUUAGAAGCUGUGUAAUCAAUUCAAGCAUAUCUCAGAGAGAGAAAACCUAGUUUAAAGAAAAUCAAAUGAUCGACGGUCGUGCAUCGUUUCCAUUGUAAAUGAAAUAACAACAUAUUGCAGUUAUAACCACAUUUAGAUAUUGUUUAUGAUUGACCAACACAACUGCAAUGCAUCGAAUCAUUUCGUCGUUGGCUUUAACAUUUAUAGUGUUUGUGCAAACAACCAAGUCAGAUAUACUGGUUUAUUCGCAAUAUUCGAAUCAGGUUAUUGAGGAAUUUCACGAUUUGCCAUCCAGAUUUGGAACAGCGUUUCCGAUCAAUGGAUUACGAGCUUUAGCAAUCUAUUCAAAUCCACCAAAUGCAUGCUCACCUAUUAAUUCUCCGCCACAAAAUUUUACAAAAGCAAAAUGGGUCGUUCUCAUUUCUCGUGGAAAUUGCUCAUUUGAGUUAAAAGUGCGAAAUGCUCAGGCGGCUGGCUUCGCGGCUGCCAUUGUUCACAAUAUCAACGGCGAUGAGCUUGAACCAAUGUCUGCAAACAAUGACGACGGAAUCGAUAUCCCGUCGAUGUUUGUUGGAGAAACGACCGGCAAAAUAAUAAUGGUCAAUUACUUAUAUGAUGACGGAUUUACACUCUUGCUGAACGAUGACCUCCCAUUCAAUAUAAACACUCAUUUAAUUGUUCCAUUUGCUAUAUUCGUUGCACUGUGUUUCAUUGUUAUGAUUGGCAUCAUGAUAACAAAGUGUUUGCGCGAACAACGGCGACUACGACGACAUCGGCUGCCUGGUUCGGCGCUCAAGAAAAUUCCGAUCAUUCGCUUCUCGAAGGAAGAGCACAUGUCAACCUAUGAAAUUUGUGCCAUUUGCAUUGAGGACUAUGUGGACGGCGAUCGAUUGCGCGUUUUACCGUGUUCCCAUGCUUAUCACAAUAAGUGCAUUGAUCCUUGGCUAACAAAGAAUCGUCGAGUGUGUCCGAUUUGUAAAAGAAAGGUGUUUGCCCGUGGUGAGCCCAGGCGACGCCGACGUUCAACAGAUGAUAGUAUGAGCGAUUCGGAUCAAGACGAUACAACACCUUUGAUCAAUCCCGUUGAUAAUUCAAACACUCAUGGUACCUUCAGUCCAACAGCACCGCCAUCGGACGAAGUUACAUCGGAAGGAAAUAAUCGUCGUAUGAAUCCAUUUGACCGGCAAACAAAUGUGAAUAUUCCAAAUGCAGAUGUCAUUGAUUCGGAGACAAUUUGGUCGAAAAUACUGAGAGUUUUUCAUGUACGUAGUGAUAAUGAAGACAAUAGCCAAACUAUGGAUGGAAAUCAAGUGAUCAAUGAUGAAGAAGUUGGAAACAUAUUGUCGCAAUCUCAGUCGAAUGACGCGCCAAUCGCAUCUUACGGUUCAUCAAGUAGCAAUAAUGUAUUGAAUACGAAUUUAAGUGGUUCAAUGCAAAAUCGAUUCAAUCGUAACCGUAACCGACGCGCCAUCAUAAAUGCCGACAACAGUGACGAUGACGAUGCAAUUACUGGAAGUGUUUAUCAUGAAUGUUAUGAGCAAAAUCAGACAAUUUUUGCGCCAAUCUCAACGUCACAGCCAAUUAUUAAUCCAUUCGAUCAACAAGUGCCGAUUCAAACAAAUGCCGGACCAAGUACGUCAUCGCAUCAGCGAAUUGCAGUGGCCGCAUUACCAAAUCUAGAAUAUGAUCAAUUUACAAGAGGCUUUUCAGCUUCAUCACCAUCACUAUAUUCACAGCAAGAAUCGAUCAAUGAAUCGAGCAGCCGACGAAAUUCGAACGGUUCCGAUCAACGACGAACUGAUUUUACACGAAAUUCAACCGCCUCGAGCAGUAACUAUUUUGUGUAAACAAACAUCAAAUGGCUUUGAUUCUUUUUUUUAUGUUCGAUCGUUCGUAGUGUUCAAGAGUGAUCUAUGCUGCGACUUUGAUUUUUAUUCGGGACGAAAAAUAAUUAAACGUUGUAAAUUUACAUAUAUAUUUUUUUUGUUGCUUUCAAAUCUAUGACAUAUUGGAAUGAAUGCAGAGUUUGUAUUUCUCUUUUUUUUCUACAUUAGUUGUUUGAAUGUGAUUUACAUAAUAAUAGAAAAAUUUGAAUGAGGAAUGUGGUUUAUGGAAGUGAAAUGAAAUUUAGAAGAAUUUAGAAAAACUAUCCAAUGUUAAAAAAAUAAAAUGUUCAUCGCUCGCCAAGUUCCAAAUUACAAUAUGGAAAUAAAAAUAGUAUCUGUAUAAGUAACGCUAACCAAAAAAAAAACACCUAUCAAUGUCAAUUUAUGUUGUUGGAGAUAAACUUUCCCCCGAAGGGGUAAAACAGUUUUUUAUCCUGAAUAAACACCGAUUUUUAGAGAAAAACUGUUUCACCUCCAGGGGAGGUUAAUUUCUCACCAAGACCAUAGAUUGACCACUAUAAAACUCUAUGUUUAAUCAUAAAAACAAGUAUGAAUGAUAAGAUUUUGCGAGUGACAUUUUCCGCACUAAACAAAUAUCCAAUAGAACAAAUAGCACCGAGAUAUUGCCAUUCUGUCAUUCAGGGUUUCAUUUCACUAAUUUCAUGUUCAGACAGUGUCUUGAAAUGUUCAUACAUUGAAGUCUUCUUAAAUUAGACAGUUGAAACAAACUAUGUUCAAUGAUAAAAUGGAAAACAAUUAGUCUUUUACAAAAUCUAAUAUAAAUUUAAUUACCAAAACAAAAUAAAACCACAACAAAAAAUAAGCCGAAAAGUCAAAGACCUCUCUAUAGAGACGGUGCGGGAUGACAAUAGCGAUUUUAUGUCUUUUCGAUAAUAUAUUAUAAGGAGAGAUUUCAUUUUUGUUACUUUAUAAGUGAUACAUACACAAAUGCUAUUUACUUUAAUUGAUUUAACUAUAUAACUGAUGGAAAUUAUUAGGCUUUUUAAUCGAAGAAGCAUUAAUAAAAUUGAAAACAAUUCUAUUCGAAAAAA